CUGUGAUGUAACCUGUGCGCAUUAUAGUCUGAAAUCAUGUUUUGAAUUCAGUGUGAGAACACAUGACGAUUAGCCUCUAUGAUGAUGCAUUUGUGUUGUUGUAGCUAUAUCUUUGAGUGCCAUGAUUAUUGAAUGUUUUUUUUAAAAUACAGUAUAAAGUGUAAACUGCUAACACAUGAAUGGAUGAAUGUCUCCUUAUGAGCCUAAUUACGGUGUCUCCUCGACCCCAAAAUACACAGAGCUCGUAUUGUCACGCGUCGACCCAAUCAUGACUGACUGGGGCUGAUUGGGUGGCGGCUCUGCUUUAUUGGGGGGGUGAUAGUGCCUUAUCAAAGCUGAGGACAAUACCCCGAGCUCAUGCUUUGCUUCGGAUUGAUGUUAAUGGGAUGCUCCCCUGGCUCGGCGUGUGAUGUCUGGUGCGAAUUGCCGAGGAGAUAUCAUUGGGCCCGGCCCUUUGGGUUGUCUAAAGGUCGCGGCGGCCUUGGUGGCUUUUGUGUUAAUAACUCCUGGGUGUAUAUGGUGGGGAGCGUCCAAAUUGACACCAUAUGUUUUCCUAUUAGUCGACUUGCAAUAGAAUACAAGGCGCAUAAUCAGCGCCAGCGGGCGAGAUCGACUGCCGGCGCUUGAGGGAAUUGGGCCAUGAUUAAGUCUUAACCUUCGGAUAGUUUGAUUUCCAUGUAAUGUCCUUAUCUGACGGUUUUAUCGAUCACCGGAUUUAUAUGAUAGGGAUAAAUCAGGGCUGAUAGAGCAACACGGGAAGACCCGUGGAGCAUGUCUGCUUAAUGCUGCUAGGCCAAUUCCAUCGUAAGAGCUCUAUUAAUUCCACUUAAUCCUGGAAUUACCAAAAAAGCAAGAGGGAUGAUAAUGGAUUUACUAUUAAUUAGAUUCAGUUUGGAGGAUUAUUACACUUUGUGGCCAAAGAGAUGCGUAAUUUCUUUGAACAGAUUUUAAUUAAAGUGCGCAUGUUGUUUAGGAUGAUAGAAACAAAUGCAAUCUGCAUUCUAUGCAAAACACAACCAUUUCAUAAUAUAAUUCCCAAGAAAGGACUGCCUACCGAUUCACACAACAGGGUUGUGGUGGCUAUGAGUAUUUGUUGUCAAAUAACAAACAAGAGGGGGAAAAAAAACGACAUGUCAGUUUUAAUAUGUUCAGAGCCCAGGCGCGCCCUCGUUCCCGUGACCGCGCGUAGCCCCUGGCCACCUUAAAACCAAGCCUCCCUCCAAGGGUAAACGAGUAGCGUCCAAUUGUGUCUGAGUGAUAUCCAAAUGCAGACAGAAAGGGUCGUUUUAUCAUGCUACUAUUUGUCGUGACGAUGCGAUGUUGAAAAGCAGAGCGGCGUCAUAAAGUGACAUGCCUGCCACAAGUGCUCCAACUGAUCUUCGCAAUGAGCCUUCCAUGCAUGAUCCGAGGCGACUUCCGCCUAUUCCCAGAAAUUAAGCUCAAACUUGACGUGCAGCUAGCUUUAUUUUAAAGACAAAUGUCAGGCAGGCUCAUCAUAUUUCCCCCCUCUUCUAUAUUCGGAGCUUAUUUAUUGCUAAGGAGCCUGUGCUCCCGGAGUCAAUGCAGCGGGCGGCUGUGCAGGGGAAGGGAGCCGAGACACGGAGCGCAGCUCAGCCACUCCGGGGACUCCUCGUUCCCUUAUCGCUUCAGGUCACUCUGGCGUGAACCAGCUGGGCGGUGUGUUCGUUAACGGUAGACCGCUACCGGACUCCACCAGGCAGAAAAUAGUGGAACUCGCUCACAGUGGCGCGCGGCCGUGUGAUAUCUCCAGGAUUCUGCAGGUGUCCAACGGUUGUGUGAGCAAGAUUCUGGGCAGAUACUAUGAAACUGGCUCCAUACGACCGAGAGCAAUAGGCGGUAGCAAGCCUAGGGUAGCCACUCCAGAGGUGGUCGGUAAAAUUGCGCAGUACAAGCGGGAGUGUCCGUCUAUCUUCGCGUGGGAGAUCCGGGACAGACUUCUGUCAGAGGGAGUCUGCACCAACGACAACAUACCAAGUGUCUCGUCGAUAAACAGAGUGCUACGCAACCUGGCUAGUGAGAAGCAACAGAUGGGUGCAGAUGGCAUGUAUGACAAGCUGAGGAUGCUCAACGGUCAGACAGGAACUUGGGGGACCCGGCCAGGCUGGUACCCCGGAACGUCGGUGCCAGGACAGCCCAACCCAGACGGUUGCCAACAACAGGACGGUGCAGGGGAAAACACGAACUCCAUCAGCUCCAACGGGGAGGACUCGGACGAGACGCAGAUGCGACUCCAGUUGAAAAGGAAGUUACAGAGGAACCGCACGUCCUUCACCCAGGAGCAGAUCGAAGCGCUGGAAAAAGAAUUUGAACGAACUCAUUAUCCGGAUGUUUUUGCGAGAGAGAGACUAGCAGCGAAAAUCGACCUGCCCGAAGCAAGAAUACAAGUAUGGUUCUCAAACAGGAGAGCAAAGUGGAGGCGAGAGGAGAAGCUCCGGAAUCAGCGUCGCCAGGCCAACAACUCCUCCAGUCACAUCCCGAUCAGCAGCAGCUUCAGCACCAGCGUCUACCAGGCCAUCCCGCAGCCCGCCACGCCAGUGUCUUUCACUUCGGGGUCAAUGCUGGGUAGACCUGACACAGCACUCACGAACACCUACAGUGCGCUGCCUCCCAUGCCGAGCUUCACCAUGUCCAACAACCUACCUAUGCAACCCAGCCAGACCUCCUCUUAUUCCUGCAUGCUGCCUACAAGUCCGCCUGUGAAUGGGCGGAGCUACGAAACAUACACGCCCCCUCAUAUGCAGGCACAUAUGAACAGCCAAUCAAUGACAUCUUCUGGUACCACCUCAACAGGACUCAUCUCUCCUGGAGUGUCUGUCCCUGUGCAGGUCCCAGGGGGCGAACCUGACAUGUCUCAGUAUUGGUCAAGACUACAGUAGAGAGAAGAGCUACUUUGCCCUGUAACAAGCCCCCACACCAUCCCCCCCCCCCCCCCCCCAAACCCCCAACCCCCAACCCCUAAUACCCCCCACCCCACUACAAUCCCCCCAGCUCCAUCAUCGCCCUCCAGAAUAUGUUCCUCACUCAUACACAAGAGAACUGCCAACGAUGUGAGGAGAGAGAGACAGUGGAUAUGAGGAGGAGGAGACUUUGGGAGAGAAACUUUGGAAAGCUGGGCCUUGUUUUGUCGUUGGUCUCCGGUCGGGGGACGGUGUGGCUGUCAUGGCGCCCCCACCGCUGCGACGUGCUGGAGGGACGUGCACAACGAUGGGAGAAACAACAAGGAAGAGAGAAAUGGACCUCUGUAAAGUGCCCGUUGUUACAUUUUUAUGGAACAAAAAAUGUAUGUUUUCCAUUUUUUUUUCUAUUUCAAAAAACUUCAGUCAAUGUUUCCCCCCCCCCCCUUUUUUUUUCUCUCUUCUGGUGUGUUUGUAAAUGGCCAUUUGUAUGUUAAUAUGAGAAAAAAAACAACAAGCAAGAUCAAGUACUGAUACUAGAUGGACGUCUAGCCAACCUUGUUUUGGUCUUGGGUUCGCUGCCGAGAAGAGCGCCUGAGACUCUGCCGUGACUAUCUUAAAAAAAAAACUGCUUAUAUCGAGACUUUGUACCAGACUUUGCAUGGUCUUGGAUGCUGUUGCAUAUCAUUUUAGAGGGGAAGCUGGAGGGAAGGCUCUUAUUGUGUUAAAAACCGAAAAAAAAAACGAAAUGAAAAAAAAACAAACAAAUGAAAAAACAAAAUGAAAAAAAAACUAAAAACUAUUUAUUUGUUUUAUUUCUGCCGUAUGGAUCUUAGCAAAGAAAGUUCAAACUCUGUUCCGCCACUGAGGCUGUGAUGCUGGAGUGAAUACCAUGGUCCAAAAACAAACUGUUGACCCGAGCCUUGGGGCGUACGCGGGCUAAUUUGACAUGGAUGCCAAUCACCGGGGGCCCGCAACGACGCUGUGACGUGCGUACGAAGGGGCCCCCCUGCUAAGAGCCCUGCUUUGGUGGUUCGACCGGAUCUUAGAGGACAGUAAAGAACAGUUCCUGUUGGAGGCAGGGGUGGGGAACGCCUGUAGUCUGUAUAUGGUAGACUGCGUCUUGGAUAUAACCCAGUUUGUUUAUGUCAAAAUGUAAAGUACGUGUCUUCCCUGGGAAUCCUUCCCGAAGGAUUCCUCUCCAAUAAAAGUUGAUUUCAUUUGUAUCCCUGAGAAUAUUCUAUAAAUGUCUCAUGCAUCAUAUAAUACAUUUCUUUAGGGUCAGGUACAAUUGUCUCUUAGGUAUAGUUGUAUUAUAGUGUCCUAUGGUCAAAAGAUUUGUGCGACUAGAAAUAUUUAAUUCCUAUAAUUAUGAUUACAUUGCUUGACAAAGUUAAAACAUAAGUGUUUGGCAGUCGUUUACAAGUACAUAUCAGAUUUAAUCAUUGUUGAUUGUAAAACAGACCAAAGCCUUUGUAUUUCAUCGCGUAAACAAUGCUUAUUUUUUGUUUUUUUCUUUUUAUUUGAAAGAGGAGAAUAUUAGUCUUGUGUUGCAGCAUUUUGUAAACGAGUUCUGUUCAAUUACAUUGGCUUGGCGUUGGUUGGACUGCACUGUGAAGCGGCGGUCCCUAUUUAUACCUGAAGACCAUGGGAAGGGUUUUUUCUAGCAUUGUCUGUCAUGCUCUCUCUGAGUUCUGCAUCUUUCAUUUCUGUGUGUGUGUGUGUGUGUGUGUGUGUGCGUGUGUGUGUGUGUGCGUAGAACAUUGACGCGUACACUGGGUCUAUGUCUGAGCAAUGCUACGUCUAGAGAUAAAAAACACACGCUGUCUCUUGAAUAUUUCAAUUCAAUUUUAUUUAAAAUGGAGCUUUCUAAAUGUAUUUUGUGAAAACUAUAAAACAUUUUGUACAGUAAAAAUUGUGUCUUAAAGAAA